AUGGGCUUCCCUGGAGUGCCACCGCCUAACCCGCGCAACAAUAUUGUGGAAGAGUAUCUUUCUCCCGAUGACGCUUACUACGUUGAGGACUACUCAGCCUUCAAAAGGCUCUCGGACGAGGAAAAAGUUGAAGUGGUUGCACGUGAGGCUCAAGACAAUGGAAUGGAGAAGCCGCUGGGAUGGAAUGUGUCGUUCCACUACAACCCGCACGUCGAGUAUCAUCAUUUUGGGAGCUCACAUCCGAUGAAACCAUGGCGUUUGACGUUGACGAAGCAGCUUGUGGUCGCAUAUGGACUAGAGUACACGAUGGACUUGUACACGCCACGACCCGCAAAUUUUGGUGAACUCGCUCUAUUCCAUGAUCGUGAAUACCUGGAAUAUCUCAGCAAAAUCACACCUCAGAACGCUCAACCAGAAGACCCCCAAUACAUCUCCUACGGCUUCGGUGGCGACUCCAACGACUGCCCCGUCUUUGAUGGUCUCUGGAACUAUGUUUCCCUGUACUCGGGUGCUUCCAUGUCUGCCGCCUGGAACCUCUUGAACAAGCAAUCAGACAUCGCCAUCAACUGGUCCGGCGGACUGCACCACGCCAAAAAGAACCUCGCAUCAGGAUUCUGCUAUGUCAACGACAUUGUCAUCGCCAUUCAACUUCUCCUCACUCAACAUCAACGUGUCUUGUACAUCGAUAUCGACGUCCAUCAUGGUGAUGGCGUGGAACAAGCCUUCGAAAGCACCGAUCGCGUCUUUACACUAUCCUACCACAAAUACGGAAUCGACAGGCACGGCUACCCAUUCUUCCCCGGCACUGGUAAUAUCAACGAAACCGGCCCGCACGAUCCCAUAAAUCGCGGCAAAGGCCACUCCCUCAACAUCCCCAUCGACGAUGGCAUUGACGACGCACAGUACAAACACCUCUUCAGCACAAUCACAUCAGCCGUAGUAGAAAAAUACAAUCCCCAGGCCAUCGUCCUCCAAUCCGGCGCCGACAGCCUCGGCGGCGACCGACUCGGUCGCUUCAACCUGAACAUCAAAGCCCAUGGCUUCUGCAUCGAGACGGUGAAGCGCUUCAACCGCCCCCUCCUCCUGAUUGGCGGCGGCGGCUACACCCCACGCAACGUCGCGCGAACCUGGUGUCACGAAACCGCCGUCUGCGUCAGUGCAACCCUGCACAACGAACUACCCGCACACAUCCCGUACAUCCAAGCCUUCCAGGGCGCCGAGAACGGGCACGGCGUGCUCUACCCCGACCUGCAUAAUGUCAAGCGCCACGACAAUCUCAACAGCGACGCUAACAUCUCGAAGCUGAUUGAGCGCGCGACGGAGAACUUGAGAUAUCUCGAGGGCGCGCCCAGUGUGGUGUGUAACACAAAGGGCAUUGCGGAAGAGGAGAUUAUGAAGGUGAGAGAGAUGGUGGAUCAGGAGCUGGAGGAUGAGGCGAAUGAUAGGGAGAUGCUUGGGGUAGAGGUGGCGAGGCGGAAGAGGGAGAGGAAUGUUGGUGGGCGGGCGGAGAGGGGGUUGAGAUGA